AUGGUUGCAAUUAAGACAAUCAAGACCUCCAACUCCACAACUCUCCCCAACUCCCUCCCCCAGAAUCUCACAGCCGUCUUCCUCGGAGCGACAUCCGGCAUUGGCCGAUCCACAGUCAAACAGCUUGCCAUUGCUACAGACGGCAAGUCACCUACUAUCUAUAUCGUCGGCCGCAGUGCUUCAGCCGCAACAUCUCUCAUCGCCGAGCUUCGCCAAAGCAACCCAUCCGCUACCGUCGAAUUCAUCGAGAGACAUGUUUCGCUAGUCAAGGAAGCCGAUGCUGCCAUGCAGGAGAUUUCAAAGCGUGAGACCAAGGUUGAUAUCUUAUUCAUGUCUGUCGGUUUCAUGUCAUUUGAAGGACGAAAGGAAACAAAGGAAAAGCUUGAGCCGUCGUUGACAACUCGCUUCUACAGUCGUGUCCGCGCCAUCCAAGUUCUUCUUCCUCUUCUUAACCGCAGCGAGAACCCUCAUGUCACCAACAUUCUCGCCGGAGGCCAAGAAGGUCCUCUGGUCGAAGAUGAUCUCGACCUCGCUAAGCCAGGAAACUUCGGUGUCGCAUCCUCCGCCAACCAGGCUGCCACCAUGCUCACUCUCACCCUGGAGCGCCUUGCCCAAGAAAACCCAAAGAUUAGUUUUGUCCACGCCUUUCCCGGUCUUACUGCGACUCCUCUUCUUUCUCGAGGAUCAAGCGGAAUCAUCGGGUUUCUGCUUCAGUGGAUUGUGACGCCACUUGGUGGUCUGCUCUUUGCUAGUCCUGACGAUGUCGCUGCUCGAGCUUUGUUCUAUGCCACCAAUGCCAGAUAUACUGUUGAGGAGACUGAAGCUGCGGCUGUCUCUAUUCCCGAAGGCCUUGAGAAGGCUAAGAAAUCUGCCGGUGGAGUGUUCCUGAUCACUGAGAAGAGUGAGCCAGCGGAUAAUGAGAAGGUGUUGGCUGGUAUUAGGGAGAAGAUGGCUGGUCAAGUCCAGGCUCAUGUGGACAAUGUGUUCAAAGGACUUUUUGAACAGUAG